UCUCAUUCUGUCUGUCGGAUCCAACAUGGCGGCCUCCGCGGCUUCACGUGAGCUGUUCACAGAGGGAGUCCGCGCGGUUCUUCACACCUGGCCGGUUCUCCAGGGCCGGAUUGGACCCUCUGGAAGACCACUUUUGGACCACGGGCCUCAUGUUGGACCCUCUGCUGUAGAGUCUCCAUCUCCUCCAUCCUAUCACCAUAGAGGAACAUUUCCAUGAUCGCCGUGGACAACGGUUUUGGAGGCGUGUACGGCCAGCAGAAAGCUGAUUGGAUGGUGGACGUGGUUCAGCAGUAUUUCCAUGACAACGCCGACCUGCAGCCCUCUGAGGUGGAAGAUUACCUGUCUGACCUGAUGGACCAGGAGUUUGAUACGGUGGUGGAGGACGGGAGUUUACCUCAGGUAUCUGUCCGUCUGCUGCAGCUGUUCUCUCAGUGGCAGCAGGGAGCGCUGCAGCAGCUCAAACACACCAUCAAUACUCUGACACAGAACCAGAACCACAGAGCAAAAGUCACAGCUCCGCCCACCCAGGAAGAGAGCAGCGACGACGAAGCACAGGUGAUGGAGGUGGACUCAUCAGGUCCUUUGGUCAGCAGGUCUCAGCCUCGUCUUCCUCAGGAUGAAGAAGAAGAGGACGGCUGGACACUGGUGAGGAAGAAGAAGUGAAAAAGAAGAGCAGAGCUACAGGAAGAGACUUUAAUGAACGUUCUGAUGUUUGUGUCUGAAGGAGGAGCAGGAGGACUGGUUUUAUAUUAAACAUGUUUAAUAAAC